AUGGCAGCUCAAAAGAAUGGAUUAGAUAGUGUAAAUGUUAGUGAAUCGAUCGAAGAAGUGCCAAAGAAAAAAGUGAAUUUAGAUAAUAUUCUCGUGGAUGAAAUUGGUCAAUUCGGUAGAUACCAGAUCAGGACGUUGGUACUGACGCUGGUAGUCAUCAUAUUCGGAGCGUGGGGCGCUACGGAAUACAUUUACACGACUGCGAGGAUAAAAACGAGGUGCCUCAUCCCUGAGUGCGAGGGUACAGUCGCAACAGAAUACUCCCCACCGUGGAUAUUAAAUGCUGUCCCAGGCAGUGGCAGCUCGUUCGACAACUGCCUGCGCUUCGACUCUGCCAACAGCACAUCGAGGAGUGACGAGUGUCCUGCAGAGUGGUUCAACCGGCAGAAGAAGAUCGCUUGCUCUCAAUAUGUGUACGAGAAUACACACACGGUUGCAUACGAUCGACCUUUGCUAUUAAUUUUGUGUCAGUACGGCUUAGCGUGUGACGAAUGGCGUCGAGCCUUCAUCGGCACGGCGCGCACCUUCGGCACGUUCCUGGCGCUCCCCAUCGUGGGCUUCACGUCGGACCGCUGGGGCCGGCGCUUCGCCCUCAGCCUCAACGCCGUCAACACGGCCUGGGUCGGCACGCUGCGCUACUGGGCCGACACCUACUGGGGCUUCGUCGUCUCCGAAGUGGUUGAGUCGGCGAUCGGAGCUGGCGCCUUCUCCUGUGCUUACAUUUUAAUGAUGGAACUAGUGGGUCCGAAAUAUAGAGUCGCUGCCGGGGCUUCUAUAAAUACUUUUUUCUCAAUUGGUCAAGUGCUCAUGUCGCUGAUUGCAUGGGCGGUCCCAAACUGGAGAAAACUGACCCUGGCGCUGUAUGUACCACAAUUUAUAACCAUUUCUUAUUUUUGGAUAAUGUCCGAAUCUGUGCGAUGGUAUCUGAGCAAAGGACGGUACAAGGACGCGGAAGACUUUCUCAAAAAUGUUGCUCGAAUCAAUAGGCGUGUGUUGUCAGAUGAAUCACUCCAGGCGCUAAAAGAAAACGCAGAAGCUGAGAAAAUGCGUACCGAGGCUGAGAAAGCAAUGAAAUCAAAAGAGCCAUGGUUGAUUGUGCUGGUGUUUCGCAACAGAGCCAUUCUCAGACGGUGCUGCAUAUCGCCGGUCUGGUGGUUCACCAGCGCCCUGGUUUAUUACGGCAUGUCAAUAAACGCUGUCAACAUGUCUGGUAACCGUUACCUAAAUUAUAUGGCCGUGGCUGCAGCAGAGAUACCCGGAUAUUGGAUAGCUGUACUAUUGAUGAGUAGGAUUGGGAGGCGGCCAGUUCUCAUUGGUGCUUAUUGGAUUUGCGCUGCUUGUCAAUUGGGCUACAUUUUCUUACCAAUAAGUAAGUUCUACUACUAGUAGUACAUAGCUUAUACAUAAGUUUUAGUUUAACACUUCAGUUAUCAGUAAUCUGUAUGUGCAAGAUUGUUUUAAAAUGAAUAUGCAUUAGUAUUUUAUCCUCGGUAAAAUAACAGUAAUUACAUAAAAGUAUUGUUAAAAUAUAAACAGUGAAAUUAUUUUAAUUAGUUGGGACUUAUAGUAAUUAUUACAGUAUUAUACAUCGAUAGCAUUUAUUUUCGAAAAUCUCCGAUGAGCGUGGAAUACACAGUAGCAUCAUAUCACUAUUAUGAAUUCCCUAACGGAUCUUGAUUUAUAAUCAUGAAAGUACUCGUAAUAAAUCAAGUUUUACAUUUUUGUGUUCUUUC